AUGAGAGAUCCGGUAACGAAGCGUUCUCGAGGUUUCGGAUUCGUCACCUUCGCUGAACCUGAUAUGGUAAAUGCUGCCAUGUCCGCUCGUCCGCAUGUUAUCGACGGUAAGGAGGUGGAACCGAAGCGGGCGAUGCCAAAGGACGUUAUGAACAAGCCAGAAGCACACCUGUCGGUCAAAAAAGUGUACGUAAGUGGCAUAAAAGAUGAUCACACUGAGGAAAUGCUUCGAGACUAUUUUUCCUCGUUCGGUACUAUACUGGAAAUCGAUAUCAAAGUGGAUCAAGUCUCAGGGAAAAAGCGUGGAUUUGCCUUUGUUACAUUCGAUGAUUAUGACCCAGUGGACCGAGUUGUGUUGGAAAGAUCUCACAUGAUUAAUGGUAAACGAUGCGAUGUGAAAAAGGCUCUCAGUAAAGAGGAAAUGAAAAAAAUUCAGCAGCAGGAUUCUGAUAGACAGCAUCGGGACAACCGUUCGCGAGGCAUGAUGCGCGGUGGCGAUCAAGGAAUGGGAAUGCCUUAUGGCGGUGGAAUGGGUUCUAACCGUUCAUGGGGUAGUCCUGGAAUGAGCGGUGGUUAUAAUCAAGAUUGGAACAGUUAUCCUAGCGGAGGAGGCGGUUGGAGUCAGGGUGGCGGUAGUUCUUCAUGGAACCAAGGCGGUGGAAGCCCAUGGACACAAGGUAGAAGAUACGCCGAAUUUCAUUUGUUUAACCUUCAUAGUUUCUGUAUAGACGUUGCGCCUUGGAAUCAAGGCGGUGGUUCAUAUCAGUCGAUGCAGCCGAGGUAUGCUCUAAAAUGUUAUUUCUCUAAUUAAGC